GUGACACAGGCCGGGUGAGGUGGAGGGAAAUGCAGGGGAAUUGCAUUUUGACGUCUGGGUUGCUGUUUGCCACUCUAUCUCUUGCCAUUGCCAAGCACAAGCAAUCUUCCUUCGCCAAGAGCUGUUACCCAAGAGGAACACUGUCCCACGCUGUUGACAUGCUCUAUGUCAAGACAGCAAGGCUCAAAGCAACAAUUCCAGAAGACAGCAUAAAAAAUAUACAAUUAUUGAAAAAGAAAUCAAAAAAACUAUUUAUGAAAAAUUGCAGAUUCCAAGAACAGCUUCUGUCCUUCUUCAUGGAAGAUGUUUUUGGUCAACUCCAAGCUCGCAAGGAAAUACAGUUUGUGGAAGAAUUUCACAGCCUUAGGCAGAAAUUGAGCCGCUGUAUUUCCUGUGCUUCAUCAGCUAGAGAGAUGAAAUCCAUUACCAGGAUGAAAAGAACAUUUUAUGGGAUUGGAAACAGAGGAAUCUACAAAGCCAUCAAUGAAUUGGAUAUUCUUCUUUCCUGGAUUAAACAAUUCCUGGAAAAUAUUAAGUAAUGCAAGAAAUCAAGUGCAUUGAUUUGAUUUUUUGAAAUAUAAU